CCCCCCCCCCCUUUCGCGCGUCCUCCUGCUGCGCUCAGGAGGCCGCGAGGCCGUAAUUGAGCAGCGACUGAACGCCCCGCCUGGACCCAGCAACAGUACCAGCAAUAGCAGCAGCCACCCAGCCGCCCGCCCCGGCCGCCUCUUCUCCUGCUCCUCAUCAUCAUCAUCCUCCUCCUCCUCUUCUUCCUUCUCUACCUUCGUCUCCCUCCCCCUCCCGCGGAGAGCUGGACCGACGGCGCGCGCAGCAAACCUAUCAAAAGGUCAAACAGGCACUAUCUCGCCGCCGACAACAUCGCGUCGCGACCUCGCAAAACGGGACCGAGUCUGUCGUUGUUGGGCCCGCUCCAAGCCGUCCGCCCGCCCGCCCGGCCGCGUCUUAGAGCCUCUCCACCUGCACGUCGAGCCUGCAUAAGGCCGGCUUGCCUGCCUGCAUCCAGCCCGAGCCUAGAGUGACCUUGCGGACGGACUGAUUGACUGGGUGUCGGUCGCGCGUGUGUGCAUCCAAUCCAAGACGUCGUCUGCUCAGCGCCUCGGUCGCGACGGUUUCCCGGACCACUACGUCGCCUCGUCGUCAGCACACGCGAAUCUCGCUGCUCGCCGGCCUCUCGGGACCAUGCGAUAGGGCGUUGUUGGCCUGCUUGCAGAGUUGGUACGUUUUGAAACUCCCCCCCGUUUGGCCACCUCGACGCUCUCUGUUCCUGAUUGCCGUGCGCGCGCCUCGUCACUGCGUACGGUCAUCCUGUGCACCCUUGCUCGGCACGGCGGCGUUUUUCUUUUUCGGCCCCUUGUUUCCUGUCGCGUCGCCGCCUCUCUGAACCCCGGCCUGGCAGCUGGGCGUUGCUGUGGUGUGUGGCCAGACAGAGGUGCUCCGGUCUGAGGUGUCUGCCUGGGCUGCCCGUAUGGUGCCGUCGGUGCGCGUGCGCUCCUCCAGCUGGACGCUGCCAAGGCCUGUUUUGGCGAGGCCGCACCCCCCCCAACGCCGCUGCCACCCUUUUGUCACCGCUUGCCUGGUCGGAGCUGUUUCCCGCUGACUGCUGCGCCCGCCUCUCAGCCGUCAACAACCUCGUGUCCUCCAAUUCGAUCUCACCGGUCCGCCUGCACUUGAACAAGCGAGCGUGGACUGCCUCUGCCAACACGGCCGCCAACGGCCUGUCACUGUCCCCGUCGCAGGCCCGAUUGCGUCGACGCGAGGAAGAUGUCGGCUGCGCUACAAACAGCUGCCCGCCAACCAACUGCAUUGGCGUCACCCCCCUUGCCCUCUCCCUCCGCCCGCCAGUACUCGACGCCGCACUCUUCCCCAAAUCGAGAGGCUUAUCAUGCCAAUCAGACAGCAACCGCAUCACCACCAUCUUCGAGGCGCCCUCCGUCCCGCAAGACGAGCGGGCACGCCCCCUCUGCCUCGCCCGACCUGACCGCCGUCUCGCGCCCGCCUCGCACCGCUCACGCCACCGGUUCCGCUUCUCACCAUCGGCCCUCGACCGCUGACCGCAUGUCCAACAUGCCUCCUGUCGCCCCUCCCCGAACCUCGUCCUCGGCCCACCAGCCGACGAGCUCCAGGAGGGAUCACGCUACCACCGACGGGGCCGCCGUGGCCGCCCAGAGACACGCCCAACACGAAUCCUCGCGAAGUGGUUCCCGGGGCGAUGCUAAUGGCCAGGCCGACAGCCAACGGACCAAGCGAGCUGUCAACUCCCAUGCACCCCAUGAUGCCGGCGCGCGACCGCCGAGCAGUCGCGAAGACCGCCCUGUCGACCUCUCGAUGUCCAUAAGAACAAAUCCGGCUUCCUCAUCAAGACAGCCUCGCGAAGCCAGUGAGAACUUGAUGCGGGCCACCUCCAACGCCGAAGAGCCCAGCACUCGCGAGGCCCGAGCGACGUACCAUGGCUCGACUUCGCAUGACGGCGAGGCGGCACCCGCCCCGACAGUAAACAUGUCUGCCGAAGCCCCUGCACCAGAAGAACAGCGACGGGGCGGUCGCAGUAGGCACGAUCACAGCCGAAGUCACAAGGGAACGUCAAAGUUUGGUGACUUCAUUCUGGGCAACACCAUCGGCGAGGGUGAAUUCGGCAAGGUCAAACUUGGCUGGAAACAGGACAGCAGCGUUCAGGUGGCCAUCAAACUCAUCAAGCGUGACACAGUCGGCAGCAACCCUUCUCGCCUCAGCAAGAUUAGACGCGAAGUCACCAUUUUGCGCGGCGUGCAGCACCCCAACAUUGUUCGGUUAAUAGACAUGAUAGAGACCGACAGAUACAUUGGCAUCAUCCUCGAAUACGCGUCGGGCGGCGAGCUGUUCGACUACAUCUUGAACCAUCGAUACCUGAAAGACAACUCCGCGCGGCGUCUGUUCUCCCAGCUCGUGUCCGGUGUGGGCUACUUACACAAGAAGGGAAUCGUGCAUCGCGACCUGAAGCUAGAGAACCUCUUGUUGGACCGCCAUCGGAACAUCAUCAUCACAGACUUUGGUUUCGCCAACACCUUCGACCCAAACGAAGAUCUGACCGACGAGGAGGAGCUCAAUCUCACGGAUCGCGAGUUCGUGAAGAGGUUGGGCCUGGACAAGGUCAAGGCCAAUGGCAUGCGCAAGGGUGACCUGAUGCAAACGAGCUGUGGCAGCCCUUGUUAUGCCGCGCCCGAGCUUGUCGUGAGCGAUUCUCUUUAUACUGGAAGGAAGGUUGAUGUUUGGAGCUGCGGUGUUAUCCUGUAUGCGAUGUUGGCAGGCUACCUGCCCUUUGACGACGACCCAGCGAAUCCGGAAGGCGACAACAUUAAUCUUUUAUACAAGUACAUUGUUUCGACCCCAUUGACGUUCCCUGAGUACGUCACCCCUCAUGCGCGCGACCUUUUACGGCGAAUCCUCGUCCCGAACCCGCGCAAGCGGGCCGACCUGUUCGAGGUUGCACGGCAUAGCUGGCUGAGCGAGUACGCCCAUGUCGUCGAGUUCAUCACCAGCUCCACAACUUUGCCUUCCGAAGUGCAGAACGCAUCGUCUCCCCAGGAGUUCACCGAGCAGCCCUCGAUUGAGCGGAGCGCGUCUGUGCGAGAGACGCCGAAACACAAGCCAGCGCCACCUACGCCGGUCGGAGGUCUGGCCAAGGCGCACGCCAAGAUUGACCAGGACAUCGAGCCUGCGUAUCGCACACCCAAGGAUGCCAAGCGUCGGACUGUGCAGGUCGAGUAUGUGGCGCCGACGACACAAACACAACGCGGAGCCGAUCCGACCGCCGCGCCCGCCUCCGCAGAAUAUGGGGACGUGCAAAAGACAUCGCCCAGAGACAAGCCUCUGCCUCAGGACCCUCCAGCAUCUGCCGACGGCUAUGCGAGGGCCUCACACCAGUCGAGGAGACCGCCGAGCUCUCACAACACGGGCAUACCGCGUCACACGCGAGACACGCGGGCCAUUUCCGACAAUGCAUUUGCAGGAGCGAGACCCCAGACCGGAGGCUCGAUGCAAUCCGGUGCGUCCAUGGGCCUGCAGUCGCGUGGCAAUUACGGGCAGCUAGUACCGCCCACGAUCGCCGACACGAACGUUCAAGGGCGCAUCCAGCAGCCGACCAACGCCGAGGGCGACGACGGGAGCACGGGUCAUCCCAGUGUGAGGGUUCCCCCCAAAUUCGCCAAGAUGACUGGCUUCCACGAGACCCGCGGCAACGAGGUCCGCGGCCACAAGAGGUCGAGCACCAUCGGCGACAUUGGUUCAAAACUUCUGGGUCGCAGCGGAUCCGUGUUCGGCGGCAAGAAUAAGAAACGCCCGGAGUCGCAAGCCGAGAAAGCCAAGAGGUAUCCCCCCGUCAGCAUGUCUAACGCUAUGCCUCAGGCCGAAGAACCUGUCUCUAGACCAUCUGUGGAAUCUCGUGCCUCGCGUCGCUCGUUCUCUCUUGGUCUCGGAAAGAAGCGCAGCGGCAGCAUGACGGGUUCGCAGGGUUCCGGCGAGAAGAAGGAUCGUCGACGCUUCUCCCUGCUUCCGGCAUCCUUCUCGCUCAAGUCCAUUGGCCUCGGCAAAGACUACUCGGAGACUCCACCCGCCGACAUGGACUCUCAGCAAGACCUGCCGAUACAGGCGCCCCGCGUGGAUCUGCCGAGGAGCGUGACCGCCCCUGAGGACGCGAGAGGGAGUUCGCCUUUUUUCGACAACAUGUAUGACAACAACGCGCCGCCCCAAGAGAGGGCAAACGCGAGUCCCGCCUACCACCAGCGGUACCGGUCUGACGGAAGAAGACCAAACGCCGUUCCGCAAUAUAUGCAGACAGGCUCCCACUUCAACAGCGCUUCCGAGUCGUCUGUGGACAUGCGCCGGCCACCAACGGAACCCCAGAUGGGCUCCUACCGACACGGCUACACAGAUUCCGAAGGCGACGAUGGGCGGCGAGUUGGGACCAGCCGUGGGAACCGAGGGGUUCUGCAGAAAAACCACAAGCGAUUUACCGACGCGUACGACCAGGGCGACUAUCGCGGCCACGAAGGCAGCAGCGGGGCUGCCAAGCGGGUAAUGGACUUUUUCCGGAGACGAGGCAAGGCCAGAGGAGGGGACGAUCGGUAACCCCAGCAUAGGCGACUUGCUUUUCUCUCAAACAUACCCUUGAUGCGAGACAUGCCAGACUGGCAUUGCCGCCGUUGGCGAAACGCUGCUGGAGGGGGCGGUGGAGUUGCUCAACAGGUUGAGGGCUCUGCGCCGUCACCCGUCGACGAUGCAGUACCCGACAACUGACGGCCGCCUCUUGACUCUCGGGCUACGAGCGCACCCGGCACUCAGCCCUAUCAGCACGCUUAAUCUUGUCUUUCCGUCACGGCCGAUGCUAUCGAAUCUCCCCUCCAGCGCCGAGAACGCAGCGCGUUGGGAAGACCUAAUGCGUUCGUAUAUUUUCCUUUCGUGUUUUUUCCUUUGUUCAUGUUUUUCUUUGGCGCAAAUGCCAGUUUGAUCUGAAGGUCACUUCAUAGCAAAGCCGCCCUCGUGGGAGGGCCACAAAGGGGGUCUGGAGGCACUUUGCUGAGCAUGGGCAAGCGUCGCAGCAUAGCCCAGAGCCGGAGGGGUUGUAUCUGGUGGUAUAAAUUUAUGUGUGAAUACUCUGUGAGCAUAAGCAUUGUGGUGGUGGUGGCGGCGGCGGCGGCUGGGGUGCGACUUUGAGCGGCGGUGGUGGAGGCCGGGAUUCGGCAUGGCAUGUCCCUGCUGGCUGAAACUCUUGAGGGGUAGGGGGCAGAGAGGGAGAG